AUGAUUUUCAGCCACCUAUUCGCCACCGCGGUUCUCACGACCUCAAGUCUCGCAGCGUCACUGGCACCGCGGGCCGUAAAGCCCUGGUCCAACUUCAACGACAACGCUGUCUUCUAUCCCAAGAAGGAAGCUACCAGCUGGCGAACCCUCUACGGCCGAACUCUGCAGCUCCCCGACAAAUCUCUGCUUCUGUCGUGGGAGGACUACGAUCCUGAUGUGGAGUUCACCUACUUCCCUAUCUACAAGUCUACAGAUGGCGGUGCGACAUACACGCCUUUUGCUAGGGUGGAGGAUCAGGUCAACGGCUGGGGUAAUUGGUACCAACCCUUUCUUUACGCCUUGCCCCAGGACUUUGGCGGAUACAGUAAGGGCACUAUUCUGCUAGCCGGCGUCUCUACUCCUCGCAAUCUGACCGAAGCCUACAUCGACCUCUAUGCCAGUAAGAAUCAGGGCAAAGACUGGGAGUUUGUCAGCCAUAUCGUUUACGGCCCUGGACCGGAGACUGUCAAGCAGGGCGAUCAAGCCGUUUGGGAGCCGUUUCUUAUGAUGCACAAUGGCCAGCUUGUUUGUUACUUCUCCACCCAAGUCGACCCCAAGUACAAUCAGAAGCUCUCGCACAAGACAACCAAGGAUUUGCGACAGUGGAGCGAGGCUGUUGACGACGUUGCCUAUCCUAACACCAAUCAACGUCCUGGCAUGGCGACUGUCGCCUACAGUCCUAUCUCCAAGAAAUACGUUAUGACGUUUGAGUACUGUGGUGGACCUCUUACUGGCGGUUGCCCUGUCUACUACAAGGUAUCCAACGACCCUCUCGCCUUCGGAUCCGCUACUGCGCAGCCUAUCAUUCCUAAUGACGGACAACUGAACCCCAACGGCAGCCCAUUUGUGAUCUGGACGCCUGAGCCCGGAAAGAAGGGCAGCGGGAUCUUCAUCGCUAACGGCAACAGCCGGGAGGAAGUCUUUGUCAACACAGAUGCUGUUGACCCUAAUGGUUGGAAGCCGGUUAAUGUCGGGCAGUGGUCGGCUUAUUCGCGUGAGCUACGAAUUAUUCAGACUCCCGAUAAUAGUGCCGCUGAGGGAGAGCCUAAGCUCCUUAUUACAAAUGGCGGAAAUAUUGGUUGUUCAGGAGACUGUUACAACUAUGUUGCAGAUGGGCUCGUGGAUAUUCCCAGUUAUCCCCGGAACUAA